AUGACCAAAUCCCAACCUCCUGCUGCCUCGAAGCUCGACCCUCUCCGUGAUUCUUUCGAUGCUCAACUUUGGUUUGAGAAUGUGCAACGCUUGAAAGAAAAUACGAGUGGUCAGUCGAGCAAACGCUUGAGCGUGAGUUUUUCUCGACUAAGCGUGUUCGGCUCGCUUGGCCUUCAAAAUUGCCAACAUACGACAAGGGUUCAGAUUCUCCAUGACUUUGAAGGGGUGGUCCGGAGCGGCGAGAUGCUACUGGUCCUUGGCAGACCAGGAAGCGGCUGCUCAACGCUGCUCAAAUCUCUAGCUGGUGACAGGAAUGGGAUAAAUGUCGAUGCUCAGGCUAGCCUUAACUAUCAUGGUAUUACAUCAGAUCAGAUGAGGCGCCUUUUCCCAGGGGAGAUGAUAUACACUGCCGAAGAAGAUGUUCACUUCCCGGAAUUGAGCGUUGAUCAGACUUUAUCUUUCGCUGCACGCGCGAAGACGGCUCUUUCGCCACAGGUAGGCAAAUCCGUUUUGGAGUGGUCGGAACACCUCAAAGCAGCUCUCAUCACUUUGUUCAACUUGGAACGAGCAUCUAGUGUUCUGAUUGGCAAUCAUGUCAUUCGAGGAGUGUCCGGCGGCGAACGGAAACGCGUUAGUAUUGCAGAAGCCAUCCUGAGCUGGGCUCCAUUCCAACUCUGGGAUAACAGCACUCGAGGUCUUGAUAGUUCUACUGCUCUCUCAUUCGUGCGUGUACUACGCUACUAUGCGACCUCGUCAGGUGGCUGUAUCAUAAUGAGCAUAUAUCAAGCCUCUCAGGCGAUCUUCGACACUUUCGACAAGGUAAUUUUACUCUAUGAGGGUCGACAGAUAUUCUUUGGGACGACUAACAAUGCAAAAACGUACUUCGAGGAGUUGGGGUUCAAAUGUCCUAAGCAUGUAUCGACAGCGGAUUUCUUGACGGCAAUCACACAUCCGGCUGAGGCGAGACUGCUUGCAACCCCAGACACUCCAUCGAGUCUUCUCCGGAGCCCGACGCAAUUUGCAGAGCACUGGGAAAGAAGCUCUAGCCGCACGAAGCUUCUGCAGGACCUGCAGACCUAUGAACACGACUAUCCGAUCGGAUCCGGCUGUGCUACAUUCACCCGGAAAAUACAUGCAGGGAAGGCCAGUAAGAUAUCAAAUUCGUCGCCAUAUACAAUAUCUCUCCUGUCUCAAAUACUACUUUGCAUACGUCGCGCCUUUCAAAGACUAUCUAGAAACAUCUCGCCGGCAUUAAGUGGCACUUUCGGGAAUGUUGUGAUGGCCGUCAUUGUUGGAAGCGUAUUCUUGGGUCAGGACUCUACGACAGCAAGCCUGGACAACCGUAGCGUCCUAAUAUUCUUCGCUGUACUCUUGAACGCGUUUAUGAGUGCUUUCGAAGUCCUCACUAUCUGGGCCCAGCGUCCCAUCGUGGAGAAGCAAAAUCGAUAUCGUUUCUAUCACCCAUUUGUCGAAGCGGCAGCGGCGAUGAUCUGCGAUAUCCCUAACAAAGUCUUCACUUCUGUCUGUUUCAACCUUGCCCUCUACUUCAUGACAAAUCUCCGAAGGACCCCGGAGGCCUUUUUCAUCUGGUUUCUCUUUUCAUUCACAUGCUUCAUCACCAUGUCUAUGUUCUUUCGCAUGGUCGGCUCUUCAUCUCGUACUAUCGAACAGACAAUGGCUCCCGUAGCUAUUUUUAUCCUCAAUUAUAUUAUCUAUGCCGGAUUCAUAAUUCCGGUCGGGCUCAUGCAUCCAUGGCUAAGCUGGAUAGCCUACAUCAAUCCAUUGUCAUAUACCUAUGAGGCUCUGAUGAUAAAUGAGUUCUCUGAGCGUCGAUUUGACUGCGCUAGAUUUGUGCCUUAUGGACCCUCAUACGAGGGUCUAAGCCCAUUGGACAGGGUAUGCGCAACGAAUGGCGCCGUUCCAGGUCAGAACUGGAUCGAUGGUGAUUCCUUUUUGGCUCUAAACUACGACUUUCGUGCUUCGCAUCUUUGGCGGAAUCUGGGUAUCAUAAUUGCCAUGGGGUUUGUAUUUUGUGUGGCUCAUCUAUUUACAUCAGAGAAGAUUCUGGCGCAACGCUCCAAGGGCGAAGUGCUUCUAUUCAAGAAGAGGAAUCAGGUCUACAAGUCGCGAGGAGCUGAUGAGGAAAGACCCGCGAUGCUUCGACUCCCAGUAGCCACGUCACAUGGGCGCGUCAAUCCAAGUUCAGAAGAAACUACAGGACCCACCUUCGUCUGGAAAGAUCUUUGCUACGAAGUCCAUCAUCGAAACACCACCAAGAAGAUCAUCAACGGCGUUGACGGCUUCAUUCGGUCCGGCUGUCUCACAGCAUUGAUGGGAGCAACUGGCGCUGGUAAGACGACGCUGCUGAACGUGCUUGCGAAUCGAGUGUCGCCAAGCGACGUACGUGGUGACAUAUUGGUUAAUGGUAGCCCUCGAAGCACAUCAACACAACGGAAGAUUGGGUACGUACAGCAGGAUGAUGUUCAUCAACCUACAAGCACCGUACGAGAAGCUUUAGUAUUCAGCGCUAUGCUGAGGCAGUCUGCUAUUACUCCGCAAGCCGAGAAGAUGGAAUACGUUGACUAUAUUGUCCAUAUUCUCGAGAUGGAAGCAUUCCAACACGCAGUUAUUGGCGUUCCAGGGCAAGGCCUGAAUAUUGAGCAACGAAAACGUCUGAGUAUAGGCGUUGAGAUGGUAGCGAAGCCCGAACUGCUUUUAUUUCUUGAUGAACCAACGUCUGGUCUCGAUAGUCAAUCUGCAUGGUCGAUCUGCCAACUGUUGCGAAAGCUCGCUCAUGAGGGCCAAUCAAUCAUGUGUACGGUUCAUCAGCCAUCAGCUCAGAUUCUGCAGCAGUUCGACCAAAUCCUGCUUCUUGUUGCUGGAGGCGAGACAGCGUACUUUGGUGAAGUUGCGAGAAUGACAAGUUAUUUUGAGCGGCACGGUGCACUGAGCUGUGGAAGCGAUCAGAAUCCUGCCGAAUGGGUGGUUGAUAUAAUAGGAUCGACCGUGAAGAAUCUGGACAGCCCUAAUUGGGCACAAAUCUGGAAGAAAUCAGCAGAAUAUAGCGAUACACGGCGCUUCCUGGACACGAUCAGCGCGCAGCCGGGUGGCGCUGAUACCGAAUUCCGUACAGAGACCCAGCAGCGGCUUCAAGAUCAGUCAGAAUACGCUUCGCCUUUCAAAACGCAGUUAUAUUAUGUUCUCAUGAGGACUUUCCAAGAGUACUGGCGCAGCCCUGUUUACAUAUGGUCUCGGUUCGUGCUAUGCGUCGGCACUGCUUUCUUCAUCGGUUUCUCGUUCUGGGAGAGCCCCUCAAGUAUCCAAGGUCUCCGAAACUCUAUGUUCUCAACGUUUCUCUUCUUCAUGAGCUUUAGUCAAGUUAUACAGCAAAUUAUGCCGCAUUUUGUUGAAUCGAGAGCUCUGUUCGAGGCGCGAGAGGGACCAUCGAAGACAUACUCCUGGACUACUUUUAUUUUGUCCCAAAUUAUUGUCGAGAUACCCUGGCAAACUCUCAUGUCUGUGGGCGCAUUUGUUGUAUGGUACUUCCCGAUCGGCUUUCAAAAUGGUAUUGAGGACGCCGCAGAACAACACGAGAGAGCGGGUAUCGUAAUGCUGUUUGUUUGGGUGUUCUAUUUGUUCACUAGUACAUUCGCCAUCCUUGUCAUAGCAGCUGUCGAGCACGCUGAGAUGGGAGUGAACCUUGCACAGCUCUUCUUUUACCUCAUUCUUAUCUUUUGCGGGGUGUUAGUGCCAUUCGGAGACCUGCCAAGCUUUUGGAAGUUUAUGUACCGCGUAUCGCCACUGACUUAUCUCGUUUCAGGGAUCUAUUCGUCUUCGAUGGCCUUCAAACCCGUGAAGUGCUCCGAAAUUGAAGUCCUGCAGAUCCCUAAUCCCUCAAACCAAGAAUGCUCGGAUUAUCUAAGUCCAUUCAUCAAGACAUACGGGGGAUAUCUCAUCUCGAACGACUCGCGCGGCUACGCUUACUACCAGCUUGCCGACACCAAUUCAUUUCUACAGGCGUUAGAGAUGGAUUACGCUAGCCAAUGGAGUAACUUCGGAUUACUUUGGGGGUAUUUGGCUUUUAAUAUCAUCGCGACCUUCGCUAUCUAUAGACUCCGAGGUCACUAUAUAAGUGGACCGUAUAAACCGAUUCCUACUCAGACUCUCUCUAAAUCUAAACGAAGAGAAUAG